AUGACAACAGACACCCAGGCCGAUGUUUGUGUCGACUGUCAGGACCGUGACGCCUGCCUAGAUAUCAGAAACCGGCGCCUAUGUGCAACAUGUUUCAUCCGAUAUGUAAACUCCAAAAUUCUCAAACGCAUGGAGUCGUAUCGAUUCAAAAACCUUGCGGGAGACCAGAAGCGCCGGUUGUUUCUCCCUCUCUCUGGUGGUGUCUCUUCUCUUGUUUUGUUGCAGGUGCUUGACGCCCAACUGCAGAAGCAAAUGGAGAACCGCAACAGAUCUGCUUACGACCUCUUCAUCGCCCGUGUCGUGCUCCCUGAUAGCGAAACUCAGGCCGAGGUCGAGAGCCAGUAUCAGGGAGUGAGUAGCCGAUUUCCCUUGCACAAUUUCCUCUCACUCUUCUAUCUCCAUGAUGUCUUUCGGCUAGACGAGAGAAUUGAACGGGACCUUAUCCACCUUGGGAUUAAUCGCCAGGAUGGCGAGCCAGACGACGAAUUUUUACACCGGGUGCUCUCCUCUACUACGUCCGUGACUGCACGAGCAGACUUGAAAUCCAUUCUUCUCCAGAGGCUGCUGGUUACCAUCGCCAAACAAGAAACCUGCGAGGCUGUGCUCUGGGGCCAUUCGGAUAGUCGUCUGGCAGCUCUUGCACUCGCAGAUGUUGCGAAAGGUAGAGGUGGGUCAGUCUCUUCAACCAUCGCUGAUGGACCGUCUAUGCACGGGCUCAACUUUAACUAUCCCGCCCGUGACCUGUUCAAGGUUGAGCUUCAAACUUAUGCACGAGCUCUACCGGACCCCUUGCUUAUAGAGCCGAGAGAUGAUGUGUCCGAGCGACAAGCCACUACGAUUCGCAAUACUUCGAUCGACGACCUCCUCAGCAACUACAUCGAUGGACAGGGAGUCAAAUAUCCUAGUAUAAUGGCAAACGUGGUUCGAACAGCGAGUAAACUCCAAGUUCAAGCGACUGACCACGAGGCGAAUGCUUGCCCCGUCUGCGAUAUGCCAGCAAUGACAAAUUCAGAGAGCUCAUGGGGAAAUAAUGUUCUUUGCUAUGGAUGUGCGAGGUUGAAGCAGGAUAUCAGAGCUUGA